AAAAAGCACAUGCUUCCUGAAUCCUGCUCUAGUGAAAUGUAUUUAGGGGAUUUAAGUGUGCACACAUAUUUUAUACUGAACCACGUGGAACCGUAACCACACAUCACAAUGCUCUCCUGUCCAUCUUAGACCAAAGUGGGAAUGAGUUCCCCCAUACCACUGCUGAUGUCACGGGACUUGUGACCAGGUCAUUAGCUGAUUUCUGGAUUGCGUCACCACUACCUUGGUAGUGACAUCAGUCACCAUUCCACAGAAGUCCCGGAAACAGGGCCUUCCAUUCAGCAGUCUAGUGCUUACCUUAACUGACUAUACAUUCUCAAACACACUGAUCAUCAAAACAAAUGAGACUGAUAGGUGAUCAGUUCCUCUUCCUUGUCAGGAUUCACUUCUGUUCCACUGAUCUAUAAAUACUGUCUGUGUCCACCUGACAAUACUACAGCCAGGAGAAACUCUCUGCUCACAUCUCAUUAUCAAGAUGAACAUGUUACUACACCAUGUCCUGUGUCUCAUCUUUCACGUGGUGUCAAGCAGCCAGUAUGGGACAGAGACCAUCGAGACUCUCAUGCCAAAUGUGAAGGUGGUGAAGGUGGAUCUGAGGAUCUUCACUGAGACACAGGUCCCUCUGCUGUGUGGGGACUCCUAUCAGGACACAGAGGUGAUCUGGAUGAAGGACAGUGAGCGUGAAGGACAAGGGAACCAGAUCCAGGUGACAGUGGAGGAGAUGAUGGGAGGGAACUACAGCUGCCACAACACUGCUGGAGACUACCUCAACCACACUCUGGUGCUGGUGCAGGACAUACCAUCGCCCAACAGAAUGAGACGUGUCCUGGAGAAGUCACAUGAUGCAGAUGAGGAUGAGUACAUAAGAUGUUUGGCAAAAAAUUACAAUGGAACAUUUCAUUGCUUUUGGAAGAAGACCACCUAUCGGACGUCAGCUGUUGUUGCUCUGGUCCAAGUAGGACAGUUCUCUGGCAGAAACUUCUCCUGCUCCGUUCACAGUGACGGUGCAGGUUUGACCUGUGAGGACCUGGACAGCUGUUCCUUUGCUGAGGAGGUGUCCCGUAUCGACCUGACCGUCUACUUCAGGAGCAACUACCUCCUAGAGGACUACACCGUUACACCGUUCUACAUACGAGAAAUAGUGGAGACAGACAAGAUCCACAUCACCAAGGUGGAGGGGAACACCUUUCAGUGGGGGUACCCUGCCACGUGGAGCCUCCCAUGCUCUUACUACCCCCUCACAUUCCAGGUCAAAGUGGUCCACGCCAGGGAAAGCUGUGACUCUGAAAAAUGGGUCCUUCUAAAGGAAACCAAAGAAACGAAGUUUACCGUCAUUCACAGCUCCAAGAGGUAUCGUUUCUGCCUGCGGGCGAAGGAUGAACUGGUUGACCGUCCCUGGUGUCAGUGGACCGAUUACGAGGUAAAGCAUCAACAUAAGAAACAUUGACAGUAAAAAGGAAAACACACCCAGAUGACAGACAACAUACCAUCACUCAGCUUCAACCAUCACAUCCAAAUAUGUCUCGUCACUGAACAGAUAUUUUGUUUUACAUUAUACCGAAGAGAAUAAAAUGCAAUGUAGUAUAUUAUGAUUGUUGUAAUUCGAAUGUAAGGAAAGUUAUUUAUUAAUUUGCAAUAGUUCUGAAAUGUAACCAUGAUUUAUGUUAUUUAUCUUGUAUGUUGCAUUACUGUAGCAUGAAUAUUUGUCUAAAUAAUGAAAUAGAUACAAAAAAAUAAAAACCCUGCACUCAGA